AUGAUCUGGUUAAAAACUUCUUUUUUAUCAUACUCUCAGACUCUGGCUAGAUCAACUUCAUCUGAUGAGUCAAACCAACAAUUGACAGAUUCUGAUCCUUUACAACAAAUUUCAGAAUCAUCUUAUAUACCAAAAGCAAACAAGCCUUCACCACUCUGCACACUUCCUCCAGAAACUUUUUUACAGAUUUGUAAAAGUUUAUCACCAGCUGAUUUACUUUCUCUUUCGAGAACUUGUAAAUUAUUUUAUAAUGACCUUUGUUGUGAAGAUUCUUUAACUAUUCAAGAAAUUUGGCGACAAUCUCGUCAUUCUUUUAUGCCUUAUCGUAAACUUGUACCACCUGAUGGAAUGA